AUGGCGGCGGGAGCGGGACCGGCUCCGGCACAGCCCGGCAGCGGCGAGGAGGAGGAGGAGGAGGAGACGGACGCCUCACGCACGCAGCGAGCGAGCCGCCAGCGCCGCCAUCAGCGCCCGGUCCCGGGAUGCGCCUCAGGCUCGCGGCGGGCUCCUUCCGGCGGCGGGACGGCACAGCGCCCCCUGCCGCGGCGGAGGGCGGCCCAGGCGCGGGGCCGUGCUGAGAUGGCGGCGGCGGGCAAGGCGGCGGGGCCGGGCGGCGGGCACGGCGAGAGUGGCGGCGGCGGCCGCGGUGGCUUCCUGGGGCCGCGGGUGCCGGCCGAGGUGGAGGCCAUGGCCCGGGGCGUGCAGGACGUGGGCAAGGAGACUUUCCGGCGGCUCCUCAAAGUCACUGUUAAUGCAUUGGAAGGAAAAGACUGCAAGGAGUCUGUCAAGCUGAUUGCAGAAAGCACUAAUCUCUCAGAAGAGCAACUUGCUUUCCUCAUUUCUGGCAUGUAUACCCUUCUCCGAGAAGCACUGAGACUCCCCUUAUCAACUUUCAAACAAGAAGUUUUUAAGGAAGACUUAAAGGAGCUCAGGAUACCAGAAGAUUUCAUUGUGGACUUUUCCAGUAUAGUCUUUGGUAACAGGCGUCCUGCUUUCGAAGGCACAGCACUGAUACAAAAAAGUAGGCUGCCAAGUGUCCAGGACUUCAAGUGGAGAGUGGAUGUAGCUAUAUCCACAAGUUCACUGGCCCGUGCACUUCAACCAUCCAUUCUAAUGAUGAUGAAGCUUUCAGACGGGACAGCUCAUCGCUUUGAAGUGCCAGUUGCAAAGUUUCAAGAACUGAGAUAUAACAUUGCACUCAUACUAAAGGAAAUGAAUGAUUUAGAGAAAAGGAGCAUACUGAAGAUCCAGGACUGAACACUUUUAAUCUGGGAGGUUAUAAAACAGAUCCAAAGCCUUCAGUGUGAUUUGUGAAUGGCAAAGCAGGGGACCAUCAUGGCUUUUUGCCUGUCUGAACUGCAAUGUAGCAUUUAUGAUGUCUGCUGGAAAUAUUUUUGACUCAAGUGUUAAAAGCACAAGCUCUUUUCAUAAGACUUAGGAAAAAAAACAAAAAACGUCUCUAUGAAAAAGUAUAAUGCUGUUUGUGAGCGUUUUUGCAUGAUUCAUCAAAACAUUUUUUAAAUAACUGUCUUAAUAGAUGUACGAAUCAUUUUUUUCUGAUUAUGAUUCAUCACUCUAAUUAUUUUUGAAAGCCUGCUACCGGAAGCCCCGUCAAUGUGUAUCAUAAGAAAGCUCUGCAAUAUCUCAAAUAAAAAAGAAAAUAAAAAAACCACUCCUGCACUCUA